CUAGUAUAGUUUGACCGGUCAAGUAAUUUACACCAUCAUUUUUGGCGCCGACCGUGGGACCGUUAAGGUUUUUUCUUUUCUAAACACAAACCUACCCACAAAAACACCACUCAAGAUGUCUUCCAGCCAGCAAAUCAACGCCACCCCUGCUCAGGUGCAAGCCACCACUGAAGGUACCAACAUCCCCAUGGCUGUUACCUUGCCAACCGUUUCUACUCCGGUUUUGCAAUUGGGACUAAGCUCGGUUCCAACACCCAGCAUGGUCAGCCCAUUCACGGCUCCCGUCCCUUCCGCUGGGCCGAGGGUCACUUUCCCACCAAGCAUGGCUCAGUUCAUGAAUGACCCCGCCAACCUGCAGGCCAUCCAGGGCUUUGGCCAGGUCAUGGCUAUGUGCCAACAGAAUGGGGGAUGCCUUUUCUCCCCGCCGCAGCUAGUCAGCGCUGUGGCCCCCAUCAACUUGACUGGUGCGCUUAACGCCGCAGGGCCCUCGCGUCCCCCGCAAGGUACGAAUCCGCUAAUCACUCCGGAUGGUCACUGCGUCUCGGUUGAAAGCGGAGACGACGAGUGGGACAUUCCAAGGACCCACAAGAAAAAGAAGGGAAAGACUAUCCGCCCAGCAACUUCCCGAAACUCCGCCUUCGAAAGGCUGGGGGAAAGGGAAGAGGGCCAGAGAAAAUCAGCCAAGCUAAGGCUGGGGCAAAGCGUUGCCCAUGUCAGCGCAUUCGCCCAGUUAGGCGAGAUGAGGGAGGCCGAGCCUGCCCGCACCCAACGCUCCCGGUCAAACCGGCAGGAGCCAGCCAGGACGAGGGCCUCUCGCCAGGAGGAAGAGGCAGAAAGCCAACCCAGGGUACCGGUGGCUAACCGGUUAACCACCCCCAAUGAUCGCGUCCAACAGAUGGAGGCGAAAUUGGAAAGGCGGGAGAAGAAGGUCGGGGAGAAGAAUGACCGAGACAAACCCCUUGCAGGAUCCCCGUUCACCGCAAGGGUCCAUCUGACACCUUUCCCGCGAAAGGUUAAGAUAGACGCCCCAAGGUUCACCGGUAAGGAGGACCCAGAAAUCCACCUAGACUCCUUCAAUCAGAGUGCAACCAUGAACGGUUGCACAGAUGAAGAAAAGUGCCUCCUUUUCUUCCAGACCUUGCGGAAUCGGGCCACCGAGUGGUUCAAAAAGCUUCGCCCGGGAAACAUUGACUCAUUCAGCGACUUGGCCUCGAAGUUCAAGGCCAAGUUCCAGGAGAACUGUACCAAGAGGAAGAAAUUCACCUAUCUUAGUACAGCCGGGCAGAGGGAAUCUGAGAACCUCACUCAGUUCCUUACCCGGUGGAAGGAGGAGGUAGACAAGGUUGAGGAGAUGGACGACAAGACGGUGUUGUCCCUCCUCCUGAACGGCUUGCGUGCUGGGGAACUUUACAAGGAGUUCUGCCGGAAACCCCCGGCCACCAGUGUCAACAUCCUAUACCUGGAGACUUUCCAAAAACUCAGGUUGUGUCGGACACAACUUGAACCCCUCAAAACUCCUCUCUCAGGUUUCACGGGAGACACAGUGGAAGCUGAGGGGUCCAUAGUUCUACCGGUCGAACUAGGAUCGGGCGAAAAGACCGUGUGGAAGAAAAUGCGGUUCAUCGUUGUGGACAUCAAAUGCGUCCACAACGCCAUCCUUGGAAGGCCUGGCAUCAACAAGGUUGGGGCGGUGAUUUCCAUGCCUCACCUAUGCAUGAGGUUCCACACUCCGGGCGGUGUGGGAGAAGUGAGGGGCGACCAGAGGAAUGCCCGGGAGUGCUAUGCCCGGGCGAUUAAAAAGAUGACUAAGGGGGUCAACGUCAUCUCCCAAGAAAUCACCAAGGGAGAGACCCGGGAGAAAUUGGAGCCCGAGGCCGAGACGGUGGAAAUCGAACUUCACCCGGGUGAUUCUUCAAGGAUGGUCAGAAUCGGAGCCAACCUCCCAGAAGAUCUCAAGGCAGAGAUUACACGGGUGCUCCAAGAGUACGCGGGCAUAUUUGCAUGGAGCGUGGCAGAUAUGCCCGGAAUUGACCGCUCAAUCAUCUGUCACCGGUUAACAGUAAGGGAGGGAAGUCGACCGGUACGCCAGAAGAAAAGGUACCUGGCCAGCGACCGGCGAGACUUCGUCAAGAAGGAGGUGAAGGACCUCCUUAGUGUGGAGAUGACCGGCAUAACUCUAGAAGAACCGGUCAACAAACCCACCGAGCAAUGGUGGGAGAUGGCGGUAGACGGGGCGUCCGGUCCUAAACGCUACGGGGGUGGUAUAGUCUUUACCACCCCGGAAGGAUUCAAAAUUUACCAUGCAAUCAUCUUCAACUUCAAGCUGACGAACAACGAGGCAGAAUACGAAGCUCUGGCUGGAGGGCUCAGACUCGCCCAAGCCCUGAAGAUCGACCGGGUCAGUAUCAAAUCUGAUUCCAGUUUGAUCGUUGGACAAGUGACCGGUAACAUGGAAGCCAGAGAAGGGCGAAUGGCGCAAUACAAGGACCUGGUGCUUGCCUUGUUGAAAGGCUUUGAGGAAUUCAAGAUCGCCCAAAUCCCCCGGGCGGAAAAUGCAGAUGCAGACCUUCUCUCCAAAUUGACGCAGUAUGCUCCCGAGCAUGUUUCAAAACUUGCCCGGGUAGAAAUUCUUGAUCAUGCCAGCAUUGAAAAAUUGGAAGUAGCCGCCAUAGCAGGAGCAGGCCAACCUGACCGGUCAAACUUGGUCGGGGCGGAUGACCACUGGAUGUAUGAUCUGAUGGAAUAUCUGAUGGACGGGACCUUGCCGGAACAAGAUGACUGGGCAAGAAAAGUGAAGCUCAGGGCACCCCGGUUCCAAGUCCUUGACGGAAAGCUGUACAAGAGGGCGUUCGGGGGACCCCUCCUAAGGUGCCUAACCAACCGGGAGGCUGAACGGGUCAUAGCAGAAGUCCAUGAAGGUGUAUGCGCGGCGCAUCAAAUGUCCCGCACUCUUUCCCAGCGCAUCAUCUUGUUGGGGUAUUACUGGCCAACAAUUGUCCAGGAUUGCGAGAGGAGGGCUCAUGGGGAAACUCCAUUCUCCCUAACUUAUGGGUGUGAGGCAAGGCUCCCCAUCGAAGCUGAAUUCCCAACGUUCCGGGAAUCAAAUUACCAGCCCCAGCAAAAAGAAGAAGACCAUUUGGCCGAGCUCAACUUGGUCGAAGAACGAAGAAUGGCCGCGGAGGUUAAGAUGAGCACAUACCAACAAGUUGUGAAAAAGUACCACGACAACAAGGUUGGGCCGCGAUACUUCCAAGUUGGAGAUGAAGUCCUGCGAAGAAGAGAAGCAAGUAGACCAGGCGAUGGGGGAAAGCUGGCCAAAAACUGGGAAGGCCCAUACCGGGUGAGAGCCAUCGUUCGCCCGGGAACCUACCGGUUGGAAACUCUAGAUGGUGUACCGGUAGAAAGAACUUGGAAUUCCCACCAUCUUCGCAAGUUCUACAAAUGAUUGUAAUACUAGGCGAGGCCUAACUACAUUAUCAAUCAAAACGAUGUUCGAUA